AUAGACGAUCAGCAGCACCAUCAUCACCACCAACCCCCGGCACAGCCAGGCACGGACGAACGCCCGGCGCACGUCUUUACCGGCUACGGCUCUUACAGCGGUGCCCCGCAUGGCGCCUCAUCAGUCUCGUCGAUCCACGACAAUCUCAAUGGGUCGCCUCACGGCAGCGGCGGCGCCAUCGCCGCCCGCCGUCCGAGCGCCUCGCGAGGCUCAUCGCACGAUGGCCCCGAGGAUCUGUUCCCAGACAUCCCCGAGGCGAAGAAGCGCAAGUUCAUCCUGGUCGAGGAUAGCGAUCGCCAGAGCCGCUUGCGGGUGCGCGUCACACUUGACGGCGUCGACACGCGUGAGAUUCCGGACAGUUUUCGCAAAAGCAGCAGCGUAUACCCGCGCUCGUACUUUCCGCGUGAGAUGCAGAGCCCGCCGCCGAGCGCGACGGGUAGUAAGUUCUUCACUGAUGACGUGAGCGACGUCGAGGAUGACAGGACCACCGAGACUGAGGGCCGUCGGUCCGGGCGCGGUGGCGCUGCCUCGAGGCGCGGGCGCACCAUGGUAAAGGUGCCGAUGGGUGAUGGCCAGGAAGGGGAGGUGGCGAUCCCGAGGACUCGAAAAGUGUUCAGGGGCAAGGAGGUGCGACUGAAUGACCUGGGCUAUAGGAUGGCGUGGCUGCAGAGCAGAGUUUUUGCAGGGCGGACCGUAUUCCUGCAGAGAGCUUGUAAGUGUUUUCCCGCAGUGGACUGCUACAGGAACAAGACGCGGAGCGCCAUGGAAUCGGUCAUGCAGGACGUCAAGACAACGGCGCCGCAUUAUGAAACGCGCGUGGGCAAACGCAAGUGGCACGAGCGCAUGCGCGGUGGCGAGAAAGAAGAGGAGUCAUGA